ACACGCUUGCAGCCGGAUUGAAGGAUCGAGAGGCGUGAAGAUGGUACUGUGGUUUUGAGCCAAAAUUACCAAUUACAGACGCUGUUUUCCCUCAACAAGACGCAAGUGCAGUAUUCGGGCGUGGAAACAAAUGGCGGAACCAUCGAGACAUGCUGCAAGUUGGACCUUUAAAUGGCAGCUGGCGGCUAACGGUUUGUCUGUUGGAGAACCUGGUGACGUCUAAUCAUCACAUUUAAGAAAGGGACCAAGUGACGAAAUCCCCUCUUGAAGUGUAAAACAUGCCCUUGCCAUUUGGCUUCAAACUCAAAAGGACUAGAAGGUAUACAGUUUCAAGCAAGAGCUGUCUUGUCACUCGGAUCCAGCAACUGAAUGGAGAGUUUGUGGAGUUCACGCUGUCAGUGGAGAGCACUGGGCAGGAAUGUUUGGAGGCAGUUGCUCAGAGACUGGAGUUAAGAGAGAUAACCUUCUUCAGUCUGUGGUACUUCAACAAGCAGAACCAGCAGCGAUGGAUCGAUCUGGAGAAGCCGCUGAAAAAGCAACUGGACAAGUAUGGGCUGGAGUCAACGGUUUACUUUGGAGUUGUGUUUUACAUCCCCAGUGUGGCUCAGCUGCAGCAGGAAAUCACAAGAUAUCAGUAUUACCUUCAGCUCAAGAAGGAUGUUCUGGAAGGCCGCAUCUCGUGCUCUUUGGACCAAGCUGUCCGAUUGGCUAGCCUCGCAGUGCAAGCGGACUUUGGGGACUUCAAUCGCUACGAUUCACAGGAAUUCCUCCAGAAGUUUGUGUUGUUCCCCAUUGACUGGAUUCAGGAUGAGCGAGAGCGUGAGGAGGCGACUCAGAAAGUGGCCCUUCUUUACCAGUCCUUCAGGGGUUUGCCAGCACCUGAGGCGGAGAUGCUCUACAUGCAAGAUGUUGAAAAGAUGGAAGGUUACGGACAUGAAACAUUUCCAGCCAAGGACAGUACUGGCACCGAUGUGACACUGGGAUCCUGCCUUGAUGGCAUCUUUGUAAAGCACAAGAACGGCAGGCCGCCUCUUCUGUUUAGGUGGAAUGAAAUCAACAACAUGACUCACAACAGAUCCUUUUUUGCCCUGGAGUUGGCCAACAGAGAGGAGACUGUUCAGUUCCAGACCGAAGACAUGGAAACAUCCAAGUAUGUGUGUCGGAUGUGCUUGGCCAGACUGAAAUUUUACAAGAUUAAUAAAAGCAGCCUAGAGGAGUGUGACCCCCUGCCCUCUGAGGGGUCCCAGAAGUCCCUUCUGAAUCUAUCUUUCCCUCGUUUUCCAAUGCUCACUCGUCCCACUCUGCCUUCUAAUAAGGGUCAAACACAGCCCACAGUUGUGAACACAGUGAGAAGACGGUCGUCCACAAGAAUACCGCUGCCAAGUCCUCAGGGCUACAUGAUGCCCCCUCCUCAAAUGCACUACAAUGGCCAUUUCACAGAGCCUUACACAUCAUCUCAAGACAACCUGUACAUGAACAAUCAGAAUGGUUACUUCUAUCACUCUCAAACGAGUCUAGACUGCUCACCCCUGGACUAUGGCGGCGGAGGCCGUCUACGUAAUGGCAGCGUGUACAGCGCUCACAGCACCAGCUCACUGACUAACCCCCAGCACUAUCUUCAGCCCUCGCCGAUGUCGUCCAACCCUUCCAUCACGAGCGACAUCACCAGGCCGGACUACGUCCCCUCACAUCGUCACAGUGCUCUCAUUCCUCCUUCAUACAGAGCUACUCCAGACUACGAGUCCGUGAUGAGGCAGAAGAACAGGGGCGUCGGUGGGGGAAUGGUUUUGUCUCAGGAACAUCGACAGAGCCACUCGCUGAGAAACCUAAAUAUUGGAAACUCUUACGCCUACAGCAGGCCAGACCCUCUAGUUUACAGUCAGCCUGAGAUUCGGGGGGAGCACGGGGGAGUCUCGCAGCAGCAGCACUAUCCUUUUCAUCUGGGAUUCAGCUUCCACAGCCCGUCCCCGUAUCCCUACCCUGCGGAGAGGAGGCCUGUGGUGGGGGCAGUGAGUGUCCCGGAGCUCACUAAUGUCCAGCUGCAGCAAGCCCAAGACUAUCCAGCCCCAAACAUAAUGCGGACGCAAGUUUACAGACCCCCUCCACCAUACCCGUACGCCCACCCACGGCCUGCUAACAGCACGCCAGACCUGACACAUCACCUGUACGUCAGCAGCAGCAACCCAGAUUUGAUCGUCACACGUCGCGUCCACCACUCAGUCCAGACCUUCCAAGAAGACAGUUUGCCCGUGGCUCACUCUCUUCAGGAAGUUUCCGAGCCUCUGUACCGAGGCCCUCCACACAGAAACCCUCAUCACGUUCAGAAGCGUAAUUCUAUAGAGGUAGCGGGUCUGGCACACAGUCUGGAGGGGAUGAGGCUGAAAGAACGGACUGUGUCCUCCUCAACGGCCGAACCAGCCGCACCUCAGCCAGGCCUGCAUGCAGGUUGUUCUCAGGGAUCCCAGCUCAGCACUUUCUUGGAGCGAACAAAGACCAACGACCGAGGUGACAUGAAGGACAACGUUCACUACGGCCACAAAAAAUCCCUCUCUGAUGCCACCAUGCUGGUGCACAGCAGCGGUGAGGAAGAGGAGUUUGAAGAAGACACUGGGCGUUGCACUCCUAUGCUGCACGAUGCGAUGGCAGUCAUUUCCGAGCCAAAAACUCCCAGCUUUGCUACCCUCUCCUCUCAGCAGCACACCCCUAUCGAGCCCCCGCCGGCUUACCCUAUCGGUUCCAUUCUGGAUCCGGCUGUAGCUGCCUCCAUAGUUUACAAGGUCCACCCGCUGAUCCAGGAGAGCGAGCCGCUGUACCUGCGGCCUGAUUUCCGGCAGCCCAGGAUCAUGCCCUCGGUGUCUGAGGGAGACCUCAGUGGCCAAGCUAAACUGAAAACCAAGAAAGACUUCAAGAAGAGACCUGUGUCUGACGUUCCUCCGACGAAGAAGACGGUGGAAGGGUUGCCACCUCCGGGCAUGAAGAAAGGACAGAGGUCGGAGGGGAAGAAGAUGGGCCCACUGAAGGCUGCCUUCCUCAACGGUCUGUCUGCGUCCCGCCUGCCUCUGCAGCAGGAAGUGAAGGAUGAGCCGGAGAUGGCGUCCAAUGACGAGAGGUGCAAAGUGCUGGAGCUGCACAUGGAGCGAGGCGAGCUCCUGAAAGAGUACGAGAGCAUCCCAAAGCGACGCCCCGGAGGAGAGUGCACGGUGGCGCUGCUGCCAGAGAGCGGAGACAAGAACCGCUUCCAGGACGUGUUGCCGUACGACGACACUCGAGUGGAGCUGGUUCCCACCAAAGAGAACAACACGGGUUACAUCAACGCGUCGCACAUCAAAAUCACUGUAGCCGGGCAGGACUGGAACUACAUCGCCACACAAGGUCCACUUUCUAACACAUGCCAGGACUUUUGGCAGUUGGUGUGGGAGCAGGGCAUCUCCAUCAUCGCCAUGGUUACAGCAGAGGAGGAGAGCGGACGGGAGAAGAGCUUCAGGUACUGGCCUCGACUCGGCUCGCGGCACAACACGGUCACUUACGGCCGCUUUAAGAUCACCACACGGUUCCGCACCGAGUCCGGCUGUUACGCCACCACCGGGCUGAAGAUCAAGCACCUCCUGACGGGUCAGGAGCGGACGCUUUGGCACCUGCAGUACACAGACUGGCCCGAUCACGGGUGUCCCGAAGACUUCAAAGGCUUUCUCACGUACCUGGAGGAGAUCCAGUCGGUGCGGAGACACACCAACAGCAUCAGUGACCCAAAGAACACCAACCUCCCUGUCCUGGUCCACUGCAGCGCUGGAGUGGGGCGGACCGGCGUGGUCAUCCUGUCAGAGGUCAUGAUCGCCUGUUUAGAGCACAAUGAGAUUUUGGACGUGAGAUCGUAUCUGUCGAAGCUCCGUGACCAGAGGAUGAUGAUGGUCCAGACCUUGUCCCAGUACACCUUCAUCUACAAAGUCCUGAUCCAGUACCUCAGGAACUCCAGGCUCAUCUGAAGCCAGGUUUGUGCCAAGACUUCCAGACUGUAGCUCAGCGCUUGUUUUUGAAGGACUCUGGAAGGACGGCGACGACGGAAGGAUACUCAACAGUAUUACUGAAACAUUCUCUCGUGUUUUGCUCGAAAGCACUUUUGCAGUACCUCGCUGUACAUACUGAACCCAAGCUGCAUUCAAUCUUUUUUAAUCUAGCAAAGCAUUUUAUUGGACAGAAUUGCUUUUUUAUUCAAUUAUUUAAGUGAAAAGACAAUUGUAAAAUAUAUAUAUGAAUAGUUUAAAGUCUGGCUGUUUGAAGGUGUUUUAUCUUGACCAGCAUUUCUGUGUUAAACUACUCGAUCAUCUGAACUUUCUGACUUUUGCUUCACCGUAUCGGACACUACAGCGACCCCCCGAGGGGUUAAGUAAAACUACACCGGUUCUGUAGCUCCAAGCCUCGUGUUAUUGGUGCAGUUUUUAAGUGAGUUCUACUGCGUUAUUUACUAUUCAGAUCUGCCCGUGAGAUCUGUGCCAUUGAAACUGAGGCGACACUUGAGAUGUGGACGGCAAAUAUUCCAGUGAACUGGUUUGUGUUCAGAGAGUGUGUUGCCUUUGUUCUUGAGUGUUCAUUUUCAAUAUCAUUGGUCUUUUAUUGAUCCAUUCGAUCUUGGAAAUUGCUGCGACACACUGGCCAACAGUCGCCUCCACAGCUGCCAUCUCACUGUUCUUCUGGUGCCUUCUUUGAUAAGUGCCCAAAAAUGAAGUAUUUUCCAUCUCACCAACUGUGUGUCUGUGUGUGUCUCGGUAGCAGCGACGUCACAUGAUGUUUCCUGACUCCCAAAUGAAGUCGCAGGAAUUUAAAAACACUAUAUUUACAAGACUUGAAUGUAUCUCUCCAGUGUUGUCACGAACCGAGCUGCUGUGAACUUGGUGCUACAUGAAGGCUGGUGCACAUCAGAACCAGCCACGGAUUGUUCCUAAAAAGGUCAAAAGUUCAUUUACAUUGAUAUAAUUUUAGCUGUUGAUCAUUUGUUGCAGUGCAUUAUGGCCCCCGGCAGUCUGCGAGUGGCUCUUCACUCUCGAUACUAAAUCAUGAGGCUGAGAGUUUGCUGUGGUGUGUGACUCGGUGCAACACUUUGUCAAGGCACUAAAGGUCGUGACCCAAAGACCCCAGUGGAUGAAAGCGUUUCUGCUUGGUGUGUGAUAUUCGAUCAUCUGAAAUUUGCACUUUUAUUCGAGUCUUUUUUUCCUCCCACUGACCAAAAACUAGUGACUUGUGAUGAGCAGUUUGAUUGACCGGACAUGUUACCCCACCUCUUGCUUUAUAUCUGAUGUGACUUUGACAGAGAAACGUCACGUUUUUCCAAAAGUGCUUCUCUCCAACUGCUGGUAUUAUUAUUUUUGUAAUGCUGAUUGAGUCUUACUGUGUGAGGACUGGUUGCCAUGGUUGCGUCUCUGUUCAUAUUUGUACAUUCUUUGUCAUGAAUGUUGCUACUGUACAAACUGUCCGCCAUGCUGCCAUUGUGAAACACGUAGAAAGUCUUUUCAAACAGGAAUAAAUAUUUGGAAAGCACUGCUCGUUUCAGGCGUUUAAAAGUGAGACCCUGUCAGAGCGGGACUGGGAAUAACAAACUUUAUUGACACAGGUAAGUACAAAACCGGCACUCCAAUGGACACGGCAGGUAUUUGAGGCAUUGAACGGUCCAGAAUCGCAAUCGCAUGACACCAAGGUUCAGAUAAUGUGCUUCAAAAACGCUUCACAAACGUCUCUUUCAAGUUAAAAAAAAGUGAUGUUUCACCUUUUGCUUCUUGAAACGUAUAAAAUAAUCACCUAUCGAUAGCAAAAGACAAAAAUAAUUCCAUCUAAUUUUAAGUUUUUCUUCAUCAAAAACAGUGAAUAUCAAUACUGGUACCGUCCUCUUUUGCCUCCGUG